UUGUACAGGGCGCAAAGUAGCGAGCUCCAGCUGCAGCUCUAACACUCAUAUUAACCCACUCAUAUUAACACACUCAUAUUAACACACUCACACUAACGCUCAAAAAUCGUGGAGCUUUUGUGGACUUAAAUGGCGACGUUUCUGACCUUCUGCGUUUUAAUAACCACGUUUUUUAUCACUGUACUCGGGGUUGAAGCUGAUAAGGGAGAGCUGCGAACGCUUAAGCGACAGAAAAGAGAAUGGAUCAUCCCUCCAAAGAGGCUGUUUGAGAAUGUGGAUUAUACCAAUGACAAAAGUAUUGCCAAAAUUCGAUCAGAUGAAGAGACAAGGGAGAAUAUUAUAUAUUCUCUAUUAGGACCUGCAGCAGAUGAAGGAUUAUUCUCCGUAGGCAAAAAGGAUGGUUUGGUCAAGAUCCAUGGCAUCUUGGACAGAGAGACAGUCGCUUUUUAUGAUCUUAAAGGAAGAGCCUCUCUAAGAAAUGGAACACUUGUUGAAAGGGACCUCGAUUUGAAAAUCAUAGUUCUAGACCAGAAUGACAAUCCCCCUGAAUUUAAGGUUCAGGUGUCUGGUUCUGUCGAGGAGCUCAGUGAAGAAGGCACCCACAUAAUCUCAAUCACAGCUAUUGAUGCGGAUGAGCAAGGCACCCCACAUACAGAAAUUGUCUAUGAUGUUAUACAGCAGGAGCCAGCUGGAGAGAGGAUGUUCACAAUCAUACGAUCAUCUGGAGAAAUCAAAGUCAGAAUAAACACCUUGGAUCGAGAGACACACGAGACAUACCGACUGAUUAUCACAGGUACAGACAUGAAAGGAGCCAAGUCAGAUGCUACUAACAGACCACUGACAGGAACGGGGACUGUGAUCAUAACAGUUUCCGAUGUUAAUGACAACAUUCCCAUAUUAGAAGAGAGCUCUUAUGAGGGUAGUGUGGAGGAGAACAUCAUGCAUGUGGAAGUGGUCCGGAUUAAGGCCAUAGACUUGGAUAAGAUCUACACAGAAAACUGGGAGGCCGUGUACACCAUCAUCUCAGGAAAUGAGGCCGGUUACUUCAACAUCAGCACAGACCGAAAAACUAAUGAGGGCAUCCUAAUGGUCACAAAGGAGCUAAACUAUGAAGAAUUGAAAGAGGUCAAUCUGAAAGUGGUGGUCCGCAACAAGGCAGAGUAUCACAAGUCAGUGGUGAUUGGAAAGCAUCAAACAUACCCCAUUAAGAUCAAUGUAUUGAACGUGCCCGAAGCUCCUCAUUUCCAACCUGCUGUCAAAGUCAUUUACAUCUCUGAAAACAGCAAAACCAUUGACCUGAAGAGGGUCAUUGCCAUCUACAAAGCCACGGACAGUGAUACACUGUUAACCGCCACUAACGUCAGGUAUGUAAAAGGACAAGAUAUCGACAACUGGGUGAACAUUAAUCAUACAACAGCUGAGAUCAGACUCAACAAAUAUCCAGACCGUGAGUCCAAGUACCUGAUAAAUGGAACAUACUACAUCACAGUCUUAGCAAUCACCGAUGGUUUUUCAGCCAAAACUGCGACAGGAACUGUUGCAAUUCAGGUAGAGGAUUACAACGACCACUGUCCGAUUCUGAACAACAUAGUCACAAUGCUGUGUUAUGGCAGCAGUGUAGUGUACGUCUCAGCCACAGAUGGGGAUAAUUUCCCCAAUGCAGAACCUUUUGAGUUCAUCUUGGCUACCAAGGGAACAAAAGAGAAAUGGAGUGUCGAGCAUCUUAAUGCAACAACAAGCAUUUUGCGCAGCCAGGAGAUCCUAUGGCCGGGACGCUACUCAGUUGAAAUGGAAGUGAAAGACCAGCAGGGAAAGACCUGUGAGGUUCAAAAGCUUCAGGUAUCCGUGUGCAAAUGCACGGAGGCGCAAGUGUGCAUUCCCAUGAGACAGACAGGCAAAGGCACUGUACUGGGAGCAGGUGGUGUUCUGGCACUGCUGUUAGGAAUCCUGCUUCUCUUGUUGAUUCCAAUGCUUUUGCUGAUGUGUGAGUGUGGAGGAGCUGCUGCUGGUGGUAGGUUCCAGGCUUUCCCCUUUGAGCAAAAACAGCAACUCAUCACCUACCACACAGAAGGCCAAGGAGAGGAUAAGGAACUAUCACUGCUUUCUCAGGUGCCUGUGAAUGUAAACGGUGGAAGUUUCGGGCAACAGGAACUAGCACUGAUUCCUCAGGUGCCUGUGAAUGUAAACGGUGGAAGUUUCGGGCAACAAGUAUCUGGAUGGGAAGCACAUGAAUACUGGAGGAAAUAUGGAUGGAAAACUCGAGAGGAAUACCUAAAUUACCUGUGGCAUCUUAAGCAAACUGGAAUCAUAGGACAUUAUGAUUUUUUUACAGAGAGCACAUUGAAUUCCAUGGCUCUAUCUGAGGCCUUCUUAAGCGAGUAUUAUGCAACGAAAACAUGGGAAAUUAUGAACCAGGAAGCUAGUAUGAACCACUUGCUGGUGUCUAGCUAUGAAGACUGCAUUUCAGUCACAAGCUCCUUUGAUGAUAGCAGCUAUUUACACGAAGAAAACAAUCUGGAUUUCCUUGAUGACCUUGGGCCGCCCUUCAGAAGGCUCGCUGAGAUAUGCUGUGGCUCAGCCAUCAAACUUGAGGUCAGCUCCACUCCUACGCCUGCCAAAACCAUCUCCUCCAGUUCACAAGAGGGCGUCAAAGUGGAAGAUGUUGUUGAUGUUGUUCACAAUGAAGCAACCUCUGUCUCUGCAUCCAGCUCCUCCUCCACCACCCAAGUAACAACUACAAAUUAUGCAGAGAAUAUAAGCAGUGGAAGUGUUACAUCAGCAGCAACUGUAGGCCAAACUCUGCUUGUCCAGCAGCCAACUGUCUACCUUUCAUCUACACCCAUGUAUGUAGUGGAGCAACAGUGCCAGCCUGCCCUUUUUCUAGCUUCUGGUCCAAUCCUGGGUGUUCAGGAAAGGAAUAUGGUACUGGUGGAGAAAGGGGCUACAAACAUAGCAGUCGCUUCCCAGAACACCCUUCCACGUCUGGGGUUGCAGCAAGCAAACACCAGAGUAAUGGUGGAUCCAGGAAUUGGAGGCACAGUGGUGCAUGGGUUCUCAGGCCACUCUGAGCCUCAGGGCACUGCUUCUGGUACCUUUCGUGUAGUGGAGAGCCGACGAGUAGAGAGCACAGAGCCUGUGCAUGUUGUGCAGAGCUCCUCACACUCCAGCAUCAGCAAGAGUCAGAGUAUGCAGGCCAAAGGGCAAAGUGGAGGGAGCUUGGCUUUAGGAAAUGCUUCAGGUUUCCCAAGUGCCCUUUCUAUGUCUCAGAAAGAUGUGUCAAAUGGUGGUACUCACAAAGAAGUGCUAGAGGAACGGGUUUCAGUUGUCAAGAAAAGUUUCCAAUCGAGCUCCACCUCCUAAAGCAACUACAAACACACUCGUACAUUCUACAUGCCACAUUCUACAGCUGUGGAGAAUAUGCCAAUGAACUGAAUUCGCAGAAGAGAAACUAAAAAGAGAAAGAUGAAGACUUUUUAAACAUCCAUUAAUGAUAUUCAGAGUGAUUGCCAUGAGUAAACGACUAAUCGAGCACUUGUUAUGUAGCCUUCUACUCAAUUAGUAAAAUAUAAGUGAUAUAUGCCAUAUUUGAAUGGCAUUUAGUGUGUUUGAGUAGUCAGCUAGAAUGUCCAUCACGAACAAUUAGCAGGAUAAGCUUUUUAGAAGAUUUUACUAUACUGGUGUGACUUGAGAUGGGAUGUGAUAGGUGUACAGUGAUGGGUUUCUACACAUUACAUGUAUCAUCAGUUUAUUUCUUUUUUCAGGUAGCAGAUAUUUGCUUCAGUUUCUCUGUUUAGGUGUCUGUUUUUCAUUUCUAAUCCACUAAUAGAAACAGACUGCACAGCAUUUCCCUAAUAUUACUAUAUCUUUAUUAUGACAGCUUUCCACUGAUAUAAAAACAAGUGCAUCACACAAACACACACACAGACACACACAUUACACAAUUCCCUAUUUUCAUUUUGUAUGCAUUCCUUGAGCAAUGUAGUGCCACCUGUUGGAAUAAAGCACUGGAAUUAAACUGAUUCCUAUUUAGUGUGAAUUGGUGACUGACACUCUAAAUUGCACAAGGACUGUAUGCUGUUGGUACGGACACUGGUAGAAUUUGUGCUGUAAGACUGAUGAAAAUCUCUAUUACUUUGUUGGAACAAACUGGAAGCCAUCCUCAGUUUCUUCUUUUGGAUUCAGAACCAGUUUUUCAACACAAGACAAGAACUUCUACUUCUUGACCUUUUUUUUUGUUUUUUUUUUUUGCAAAUGUUAACUAUUACAGUAUAGUGUUAAUAUCAUUAUUGCAUUGUCCCAGGGCACAACCCGGUUUAUUAUCUUCAUCUCAUCAUUUAUCAGUUGUCAGAUCACCUGCAUCUGAAACCUGAAGAAUAUAUGGGAUGCUGACAAAUUUGUGCCUACUUUUUAAAGAAGCAAUAACAAUAUGUGUGUCAGUUUUGACCACAAUUGAAUUAAAUAUUAUCUGGAAAUGCCUAUUACAGUAUAGAUUUACAAGUACAGUUUCAAAAGUUUUCACCUACAUUUCUGACUUUAUUGUACCAGAUAACCUGGAAAUUCUUUUUUAUUUGUUUGUAUUGUUUUGUUUUGUUUUUAUUGUAUUGUGUAUAUAUUCUGUGAUAUGUUCUGUCUGACUGCUGUAGCUAAAAUCUGUGUAGUAUUUUAGAUUAGACAUGUGGCAGGUCUGUUUUUAUUUAGAAAUCUGACUCCUACCCACACAUGAUGGAGGUUAGGGUUAGGGUUUUGACUAAUCCCUCUAGCCCAUGGAAGAAUAAUGACCAAACCUGCAAAAUAUUUGACCAAUCUUGCCAGCUCUUGAAGGAACUAUGACCAAUCGUGCCUUUUCCUGGUGGUUUUAUGAACACUCCUGUCAAAUACUUUUGACCAAAAAUGCCCACUUCUGAAGUUCUUCCCAAUCCUACCCAUUCCUUAAUGACUUAUAUAACCAAUCCCAUGCACUCCCAUAGAAAAUUUGAUCAAUCCCUUCCUGUUUUCUGAAGGAUUUCUGACCAAUCCUGUAGGGAAUUUGACCAACCUUACCAACUCCUGAAGGACUUAUGACCAACCCUGCCUAUUAAUUAAGAAUUUGUGAACAAUCCUGUCAGAUCCUUUAGAAAGUUUAACCAAACAUGCCCAUAUCUGAAGGAGUUCUACCCAAGCCUGCAAAAUCCUUUAGGAGUUCUGACCAAUUUUGCUCAGCCAUUUGUAAAGGAGUUCUGUGACCACUCCUGUAGAAGGUUUGACAAAUCCUGCCCACUCCUGUAGAAAGUUUGAACCUACCUUCUUGUUUGUGUAGGAAUUCCUGCCAAUCUUGCCUUCUAAUACAAUGCAAUGAGUGCAAACGUUUGCCAGUUUUUGCCAAGUUUGCAACACACCCUUUUAUUUUAGCAUGUUGCUACUGUUGACUGUGGUGAAGGGUCGUGCUGAUUUAAGAGCAUGCUUGUGGAUUUUUUUUUUUUUUAUCAACGUCUCAAAUCUUUGCUGCCAACAUUAACAUGUGAGUCUUAUUUUAAAAAGUAAUUACAAUAAUUUGGGAUGGAGAGGGAUUUUUUGUUUAAGGAAAGGGUGAUUGAGUAAUAUGUGCAAUUAUAACUUUUACUUAUUUUUAUUCUCAGAAAACCAUGAAGUUACAGUGAUUAUAAUUUCAAGAAUGAUUUGUUACUAAUAUGAACACUAAAUAAAAAUGGGAUUUUUUUUAUUAU